CUGUUAGCAAGAUGGCGUAUAGCUCCUUUAGCUCGUUAUCGACACCGAUUAUUGUUUAUAAGCUCCAACAGUUCUGAUCCAUCAGAGCCUCUGUGUGUCUGGAUCAACCUGUCUGAAUGGACUUUGUGCUCUUCAGCUUUUAUUCUGAAGGUCUGACCUCUGACUCAUCUCCCGGUAGCCUACAAAGCUACUGAAGUUAGCUUAGCAUGCUAGCUGGUUAGCAACACAGCUGCUAGUCAGAGUGACCGUUUGAUGGAGAGCAAACUGUGUUUCUGACGGAGUCUGAUGGAGAGCAAGUUUCUGUCAUUGUGGUAAAAUGUGUAAAGUCCAGAUGCUGAGAGCGUUGGUGAAGCAGCGACUAACUGCGGCUGCUGAAGAGAUAUGUGGGCUGUUUGAAAGAACGAUAGCAGAGUACGAGGAGGAACUCUCUCGAUCAAAAGAGGAGAACGAGCGACAACAGAAACUACUGGACGCUGUUUUACACCCUCAGCUUCAGUUACACAGAGCAGACAUCCAGCAGCUGUUGGUGAGUAAAGAAGAGGUUCCCCCUGAGCAGCAGGAGUGGAGCUCCAGUCUGAACCAGGAGGACCCAGAGCCCCCACACAUUAAAGAGGAACAGGAGGAACUCUGGAGCAGUCCGUCAGAAACAUCCUGGAACUCCUAUCCAGAUCGACAUUUACGGCCUGAAAAUGACAACAAGACUUCAGACACUUCAAAGUUUACGACUAAAGUCAGUAAUGAUGAUCGGACGGAGAACAGAGAAGCUCAAUCAACUUUAAACUCCCUGAAGAUUAUUGAAGUCCCUGUCGGUGAUCUGAGAUGUAAAACUGGCAAGAAAACAUACAGCUGCUCUGAGUGUGGGAAAUUAUUUGGCCGUAGCCCACAUCUUAAGAUACACAUGAGAAUUCACACAGGAGAGAAACCGUUCAGUUGCCCAUUCUGUGGUAAAAGUUUUUCACAAAAAGUCAAUCUGACAUAUCACAUGUCCGUCCACACAGGAGAGAAACGAUUCAGCUGUCGUUUCUGUGACGAAAGAUUCACCUGGUACACUCAGCUCAAGAGUCAUCGGUGUGUUUGUGAGUCCUCUCAGCUUCACCAGAGUCACACUGAGGACAACAGAGAGGGAGAGACCGGUGAGAAAUCAUUCAGCUGCUCCGAGUGUGGAAAAAUAUUCAGCCGCAAGGAUAAUCUGAACAUACACAUGAGGAUUCACACAGGAGAGAGACCGUUCGGCUGCUCUGUUUGUGGUAAAAGUUUUAAACAUGGAGGACAUCUGACACAGCACAUGUCCGUCCACACAAAGGAGAACAGGUUCAGCUGCAGAGUUUGUGACAAAAGAUUCACUUGGCUUUAUCAGCUCAAGAGACACAAGUGUGGUGGUGAAUCCUCUCAGCGUCAGGAACUCCCGACCAGUCAGGAGGGAGAGCAGCUUCAAGGGCUUGAGGAGGCUGAUAUCACCAAGUUCCCAUUCAUUCCUGUCCCUGUGAAGAGUGAAGAUGAUGAAGAGAAACCUCAGUCCUCACAGCUUCAUCAAAGACAAACUGAACAGAUGGAAACAGAAGCUGAUGGAGAGGACUGUGGAGGACCAGAACCAGCAAGGAACACAGAUCCAGAUACACAUUUACAACCUGAUAGUGAUGACAAGGCAGGAGACUCUGAAUAUAAGGUUGAAUUCAGUGAUGAUGACUGGACGGAGACCAGAGAUCCUCAGUCAGGUUUAAACUCUGAUAUAGGAUGUAACACCAGUAAGAAAUCGUUCAGCUGCUCCGACUGUGGGAAAGUAUUUGGCCGAAAGGAACAUCUACAGAAUCAUGUGAGAAUUCACACAGGAGAGAGACCGUUCAGCUGCUCCGAUUGUGGUAAAACAUUUGGCUGUAAGAGGUCACUGCUGGGCCACACGAUGAGUCACACGGGAGAGAAACCAUUCAGCUGCUCUCAGUGUGGGAAAAGAUUUGGCCGGAUGGUCAAUCUGAAGACUCACGAAAGACUUCACACAGGAGAGAGACCGUUCACCUGCCCAUUUUGUGGUAAAGGUUUUACACAAAAGGUUCACAUGACUCAACACAUGGCCGUCCACACGGGAGAGAAACAGUUCAGCUGCAGCAUUUGUGACAAAAAGUUCACGUGGCUCUCGGGCUUCAGACGACACAAGUGUGGCAGCGAGCUGUCCGACCUCGACGAUAGCCAAACUGAGGAGAACUCGGAGGUAGAACCAGGCGAGAAACCAUUUCGCUGCCGUCAGUGUGGCAACAGAUUUAAUCACAAGCACAACUUGAAGGCUCACAUGAGAAUUCACACAGGAGAGAAACCAUUCAGUUGCUCUGUUUGUGCUAAAGGUUUCACUGCAAGUGGAGCUCUGAAGAAACACUUGAGAACUCAUUCGGGAGAGAAACCGUUCAGCUGCUCCGUUUGUGGCAUAAGUUUUACACAGGGAGGGAAUCUGAAAAGACACAUGGCACAGCACAAGGGAGAAACACAAGAGAAACCGUUCAGCUGCUCCAUCUGUGGCAAAAACUUCACACAAGUGUCAAACAUGAAGCGACACAUGGCACAACACGCCAUGACUGAAACAGGAGGUAAAGCUGUGAGCGGUUCCGAUCUUACACAGGAUCAGCAGGAAGAAACCUAGAGGUCGUAUCGUCACUGACUGCAAACUGAUAGUAGAAACAGAUAUUUAACGUAUUUUAUUGUAUUAUAACUUUGUUUUGUUGUAAUUUUGUAUUUAUUUAAAUAAUAACAGGGCACGUACACUACCUACUCCUUAAAUCAUUGAUCGUUUGGUCUGUAAAAUGUCAGAAAGUAUUAAGCUUCAAUUUGAUGUCUUGUUUGAUAAAGAGUCCAAAACACA